ACUGUAAGGGCUCUGGGCUGUGAAUUGGGGAAAGAGGACAUGAAGAGAAUCAUCUCUGAAUUCAGUGAAGAAGGGUCAGAGAAGCUAACCUUUAAGUUGUUUCUGCAGGUGAUGACCCAGAAAAUGACGGAGCCAUGUUUGGAAAAGGAGAUCCUGGAAGCUUUCAAGGUGCUUGGUCGUGAUGGCACUGGCAAGAUCUCCUUUGAGAAUCUCAAGGUGGUGGCUAGUGAGGUUGGGGAAGACAUCACGGAUGAGGAGCUGCAGGAGAUGAUUGAUGAAGCAGAUGUGGAUGGAGAUGGGGAAGUGGGCAAGCAGGAGUUCCUACAGAUGCUGACACUGACUGAUCCAUAG